AUGGGAAUAUUCAACGAACAAAAUUUUGAUCAUCCUUUUGCAAAAGGAAUUCAGGGUGCUCCAGGAGUUGGAUUUAGUCUAACCGCAGAUGGAAAUUAUGAUAUGAAUAAAAAAAGACUCACAAAUGUUGGUGCACCCAGUGCUAAUACUGAUGCUGCUACAAAGAAGUAUGUUGAUGACAAUUCUAGUGGUUCACCCUCGACAUCACGAUUAACAGUUGAUUCAAACAUCGAUAUGAAGGGCCAAUAUCGUAUUCUUCGCCUCAAACACCCGGUUGACGCAGAUGAGCCAGCCACAAAACAAUACGCAGACAGCACAUUUCUCGACAGAAAUGGUUCAUAUACAAUGAUUGGAAAUUUGAGUAUGAAUAAUAAUAAAAUUAUCAAACUUGGCACACCAACAGCCAAUGAUGAUGCAGCAACCAAAAAGUAUGUAGAUGAUAAACCAGUAACAUCUUCAAGGCUAACAAUCAAUUCUAACAUUAAUAUGGGAGAUCAAUACCGAAUUACAAAUCUUAGCACACCACUGGAUGGAAAAGAACCUUCUACAAAAGAUUACGUAGACAACACAUUUCUUGAUAGAGAUGGAUCUUACCCAAUGAAAGGUAAUAUCAAUAUGGCUAAUAAUCGAAUAUUUAACCUACCAGCCCCAAAUGGAAGUAAUCAACCAACACCAUUAGCUUUUACAGAUUUAAAGUAUGUUGCCCGUGAUGGUUCAUCUACAAUGACUAAUAAUUUAAACAUGGAUAAUAAAAAAAUAGUUAACCUUAGACCACCAACAUCAGACACUGACGGCGCAAACAAAAAGUAUGUGGAUGACUCAAUACCUGAUACUAGUUCUUUUAUAAAAAAAGAUGGAAGUGUAUCAAUGACUAAUAACCUAAAUCUUGGAAACAAAAAAAUAGUUGGUCUCGCAACUCCAACAUCAAACACAGACGCCGCAACCAAAAAGUAUGUGGAUGAUAACACAGGUGCUCCAGAUUUAAGCGAUUACUUAGAAAAAGAUGGUACCGUUGCUAUGACUGGGAACCUUAAUCUUGGUAAUAAUAAAAUAAUAAAUCUUAGUAAACCAACCCAAGACAAUGACGCGGUAAAUAAAGAUUACGCUGACAAACUGGUUCAUCAUACAGCAGUACAACCAAGUCAUUACAACGACCAGUUUGCUUAUCUCAUGUCAAGUGCGGCUCAAUGGACUGAUGAAAUAACUAGCGGAACCAGUUUUGUUAUAAAAAAAAUAGGAGAUUUAGCACCAAACCAAGGAAACUUUCACGAUUAUAACCACAAAGUUAUUUAUUUAGGUAUAAACAAAAAUACCCAAGGUGGAUAUAAGUACAAAAUGGGAAUCAACUUUUACAGGUUAACUGCGAAUACCGAUUACACUCUGUGCUUGGAAAUACUCAACACUGAAUACGCUCUAUGGCAUAAGUCUCAAAUAAGUGUGGACAAAGGAACUUCAACAGGAUUAUCAAUUGGAAAUGUUAGUAUAAGGAAACUAUCUCAUAGGUACACGCAAUCAAAUGGGCAACAACAAUUUAUGUAUUACCAUAGAAUAAUAGUUAAUUUCCAGAAGUUGUCAACUGGUAAUAAGUUCUUUCUUCAUUUUUUAGUUGAUAUACCACAAACUGGAACUGACUUGUCUACUUAUCCGAGACAGUUUUCAGGUGUUUAUAUAAUUACUUAUGGUAUUGUGGGAACAUUUAGCAAUAUAGAUCCAGAUAAAGUUUAUGAUUAUCACACCGCAUUUGAUAUCAAACCAACACAAGUGGUUUACAAUGUUGAUAUAAAUGCAAAUAAUAAAAAAAUAUUAAAUGUUAAUCUUGAUAGAAAUAAUGAUAAUAGCGCAGCAACAGUUGGAAUGGUAAAGGAAAUAAAACCUCACACUAUAAACGAUUUAUACAGAAGUUAUUUCGAAGACGUUUAUGAUUUUACUAACGCCUCUAAUUACAAAUUGAGUAGAACCUCAUCAGGUAUUGUUUUCAGAUAUUUAUCUUCAAGUAGUGGUAAUACUUUAAGAGAUAUGGGAAUACCUCUUAGAACCAUAGACGAUAUAAAAAAAGAAGGUCUAAAUCUUAACGAUUAUAAUAUUAGUUUUUCUCCUCCUGAUUUUAUUACAAAAUAUACUUUAUGUUUAAUAUUUUAUCAUUGGAGAAAUAGAAAUUUUAGUUUAAAAAAAAAAGAUACAAAUAGCAAUACUACUUUAUUAGAUUUAUACUAUACUACUUCAGGUAACACAGUAAAUUUAGUUGUUAAUAAUCAAAGAAGACAAUUAACCUUGCCAAGUGAUUUUAAUGGAAAAAAAAUUGUUAUAUGGUUAGCAGAAGAUUUUAGCCAAAAUAUUACAAAAGUUAAAAUAAGUAACUACAGCGCAAUAUUAAGCAUACAAGCCGUUAGAUACACCAACGAACAAGAGUUUGAGUUUACAACUCAAGAUGGAAUUUUAAGUAAAAUAAUGAUUUCUCCAAACUUUUACGACACUAGUUCUGAGCAAUAUCAUAAAGUUAUGCUACAGGAAAAGUUAAAUGGAAGUUAUGUUUUAUAGGGGGAACCUACGGUUCCCCCUUAUGACCCCCCUCCCUUGUGGGGGGACCUUGUCCCCCCAAAACCCCCCUGCUGCUACGCCGCAUAAUAUACGCAAAGAAUAAAAUGAAAGAUCAAAUGAAAGAUAUCUUUGAGUUUAAUCACAUUGAUAAAUCUCUGUCAAAAUCAGAUAUUGAAACUCUAAAAGAUUUUUACAGGCAUUAUCACAAAAAAUAUUGGUGUUUUAAAAAUUGUUAUAAGAGUUAUAAAUUUCUUGAUAAUGUUUUAACUAUAACUGGGAUAAGCCUUGUAACUAUAGGAACAAUUGCCGGAGGAAUAACUCUUAAUCCUGUUGUCUUAGGAGUUAUAAAUGGUGCUGGCAUUAUUGUUGCGGGUAUUGGAAAGAAAGAAAAUGCCCAGAGAAAAAUUGAAAUGUCAAAGAUCGCCUAUACGACUUAUGAAAAGGUAUUGGUAGAACUGAGAUCAGCUCUUAGAGGAGAUGAAUGGGAUAAACAAGAGUUUGUUGAUAGGAUGAAACUGAUAGAUGAAAUGAUAAUUGAUCAAACUCCUUUAUCGGAUAGAUUUGUUAGUAAUUAUAACAAGAAGUUUAUAAUA